CGAAAACCUGCCCAGACCGCCAACGCCGCCAACUCAGGAGUCAUCAUUCCGACGAAACCCAGUCAAUCGUGCUUACAUUACGCAAAAAUGGCUACUCCUCAGAUCUCGGAAGCUUCAAGGUCUAGUGCCAUUGGAGACACUCAGCACCUUAGCACUUCCGAACAGGCUGUUGCUACUUCUCCUACCCUCUCAUCAUCAAAAGAGCGAGAGAUUACAACAGCAAAAGAUGUAUUGGAUAUCGUAUCAACAGCGCCUUUCCUGUCAUCUCUGAGCAAGGCAGAGCUAUUGAAUCUGAAGGGUGUGGUCGACCAGGCAGUUGGGAUUGACGCUACUUCACCAUUGGUUGAAAGAAAGAAAUGCGAAGAUGCCAUUGAAUUAAUGGUCAGAGUGUUCCCUGAAGAGGGUUUGAAUGUGUCAAAUGAUGAUAUUACGGUUCCGAUGUCGAAAAGCACCUUUGCUCGAUUCAAGAUUGGGCAAUGGAUCAAUGACGAUGCUAUCCGAGGCGCUAUCAUCAGCUGUGGGCAAGAAUUGCCCCCGCCCGUCUAUCUGGUCGAUCCACACUCUUACUCGAGCAAAACAUUGAAGGAGCUCAGCGCUGGCUUUACUACGUUUGUCUGUCCAUUUGGAGGUCAGAUGAGCCACUGGAUAUUGCUUGUGGCGACUCUAUAUCCCAGUUUCGGUAACAAGCUAGCUGAAAUCAAGGUGUACAACUCUUUGGAGACCCCAGAAAUCGAGCGUGCUGGUGUGCGAACCAUUGGAACGCACAUCAAGAGGCUCACUGGUAACGAAGACCUCACUUUUAAUGUCAUCAAGGUCAAGUGCGCACUCCAAAGCAAUUACGACGAUUGUGGUAUUGCCGUUAUCUCUAAUGCAAUUCGCAUUAUCUGGUUUGGAGGUAAGCUGGACAAGAGUAUGGGAGAGGACUUCUGUGCUGCUAGGCGCAAAUUCCACGCUGAGCAGUGCCUUAAAAAUGGGAUUAAGAACUUCAGACGUACUGAGGUGGGAGAUCCACAACGCUAUAAUGAAAGAUACAACGCAUCAACGAACCAAAUUGAGAUCGACUUGAGUGACGGUGACGAUGAGAUGAGCGAUGGGGGAGUUGGAUUCAAGGGCAAGAAAGUUGCUGUUCACCCUGGGAAAUUGGAGACGACGGCAUCUUCAAAAACAGAGCCAAAGAUCAUAGCCAGGGCGGUGAAGUUGGAGAAAGGCGGCAAGAGUUGCAAGAGCGGCAAGAAUCAAAGUGGAAGAGAGUCCAAUAAAUCCGCGGAGGACGACGACUCUUGUGAAAGCGAUGGACGUGGUGAUGAGUUCUUCGGAAAGGUGGUUCCUUACAAUAAGUUUGGACUGUUGCCGGGUGAGCAUGAGAUCUUCGACUGUAGUGUUUCAGACUAGUUUAACUCAAGGUCUUACUGCAUCAAGUGCGUUACUGAACAGAAGCUGUUCAGGUCUUUGUAUUUUAGAGACUACACACUGAAAUAGAGAUUGGCAUCGUUUUAAAUUUGCUGAAUUACGUUUCUUGUGCAGUAGCCAUUAGAUGUUCAAAUCUGAAGAAUAUGCAGGUUCUGCGCGAUUGUUAAAAAAAGGUUAUCGGAACUCUACUUCACAUGUUGUUAGAAUUAAGUUGCCUGGGUAUGCGAAAGGGGUGUACAACUGAUCGAUGCCAAAAGACGUGUCUGCCACUUAAAGGGAGAGGGUCUUUUCGAGUCCCACAGUUGUCAAAAUCGUCUUCUUUUUUGCUUUGGUAGUCUGGAGAUGUGUGAAUUGUGCCACUUUCAGGUUCUGGCGACAAGCGGCACUCUCGAGGCGUACCUUUUUGGAUGCCACUUUUUUGCUGAUUAUGGGAGCCGACCUUCGCCCCUACGCGAGAAUUGUGCGAUGAUG